CUCGCGAAGGCGCACGCUCGCACGGUGUCCGUUCACCGCUAAUUGGGCGCUCGCAACUUUCCAGCGGGCUUGAGAACGCUUGGAGAGGAGGGCGCUCGCCGACAUGACCGAGGGUUGCGAGUUCGAGAUCGACGUGGAGAGCGUGGAGGCGGAGGCCGACGAGCGAGCGGAGGAGGAGGGCGACGACGACGACGACGACGAGGAAGACAACGGCGACGGCGGCGGGGAGGCCCGCGCCGCCGCCGCCGCCGUGGACGCCGCCCGGCCGGGCCUCCCCGGAGGCCUGAGCCCCGGCGAGCAGCGGCGCAAGCUGAGCCGCACGCCCAAGUGCGCGCGGUGCCGCAACCACGGCGUGGUGUCGUGCCUCAAGGGCCACAAGCGCUUCUGCCGCUGGAGGGACUGCCAGUGCGCCAACUGCCUGCUGGUGGUGGAGCGGCAGCGGGUCAUGGCCGCGCAGGUGGCGCUGCGUCGCCAGCAGGCCACCGAGGACAAGAAAGGCCUGUCUGGGAAACAAGUUGCGGCCGAGAGGAGGCCCAUCUAUCAGAGACAUGUUCGUCCAUCAACUCUGCUGGCCAAAAGCAUCCUGGAAGGUUUCCGCCCGUUGCCGUCCGAUCCCUUCCUGGCCGCCGGCCCGUCGCUGCCCCCGCCGCUGAGCGACCGCAUGCGCAAGAGGCGGGCGUUCGCCGACAAGGAGCUGGAGAGCAUCAUGCUGGAGCGCGAGUACAAGGAGCGCGAGCUUCUGGAGAGCGGCCCGCUCGACGUCGACUCCGGCUUCCGCUCGCUCCUCCAGCACUCGCUGGGCGACGGCGGGGGCGGGGCGGCGCCGUACUGUAAGGAGCUCCUGCAGGAGGCGGCGCGCAAGCUCCGGGAAAGCUCCGGCCGGGACGCGCGGGCCGGCAAAACGGCCGACGGGCGCGCCGAGGACUUGCUGUCCGAGCCGGGAGGGGCCAAGAUGGCCGCCGGCGAGUCCCUGUCCUUCUCGGUGGAGGCCAUUUUGAACAGACCCGCCAUGAGUCGAGCGUUUCAUUGAAGCGGAAAUGGCGUCGCGCCCCCAAUUCGCAAGGGGGGCGGUCGGGAGCUUUCCAAGCUCCGAUUCUGGCGCGUGAAUGCGACGCGACGACCACGUAAGCAAAAAGAAAGAUCUCGAAGCGAGGCCAAACGAGCUCGUCCUCCGUCGACUUUGAAGCGGGCAGUUUUUGGCCCCUGAGAAAUCCGCAGGAGAUUUUCUAACUUAUUGCGAUUUUGUGCGAGCGGCCAUCUGACGAAGACGCUCCGGCGACGUCCUCCCUGAUCCGAUGCAAUUUGUCAAUCGCUCGGCAGGGCUUCCCUCCGUGUCAACGUCUCUGCAAAGAAGACUUUCUUUCCCGCGGUCGUGGCUCUGUCCGGCGUCUGCGGUCUCGCUUGCGCUCGUGCCCGUGAGAUAACGCCACGGUCCAAAGUUUUGAAAGCGCUUCCUCAUGUCAAUAAACGUUUGCCUACAAUGU